GGGAUGUUUUGAGGCCAGUUUUUUUGCACCUUCUCAGUUUGUUAGGAGCGUGAGGACGGCCUGAAGCCUGAGCUGAAAGGCAUCUGUGAUGGAGGCAAGGAAAAAUGAAAAGAAUGAAGCCAAAGGUAAGGGAGGAAGCAAAGGCUCACAGGGUGACAGACCAGAAAUCAUCCCUCAAGUAGAAAGGUUACAGAAUGUCAGUGCCCUGCCCAAAGCCGUCAAGAGAAGAGUGUAUGCUCUGAAAAGACUGCAAGUCCAGAGUGCUCAUAUAGAGGCCAAGUUCUAUGAGGAAGUCCACGAGCUUGAGAGGAAAUACGCUGGCCUUUAUCAGCCCAUCUUUGACAAGAGGCGGGCAGUGGUGUCUGGAGCUGUGGAGCCCACGGAUGAGGAAUGUGAGUGGCACAGUGAAGGCGAGGAGGAAGAGCUUUCUGAGGAUAUGAAAAAGAAGGCUGCUCUGGAAGAGAAAAAAGACGAUCCAGCCACUGCUGAAGACGCUAAAGGCAUCCCAGAGUUCUGGCUUACCAUCUUCAAACAUGUGGACAUGCUGGGGGAAAUGCUGCAGGAGCAUGAUGAGCCCAUCCUAAAACACUUACAGGACAUCACAGUGAAAUUCUCUGCACCAGGAGAGCCAAUGACCUUCACUUUGGAGUUUCAUUUCGAGCCCAACAGCUACUUCAGCAAUACAAUCCUCACUAAAACAUACAAAAUGAAAUCGGAGCCAGAUUCAGCAGACCCUUUCUCAUUUGAGGGGCCAGAGAUAGUGGACUGUGAGGGCUGCAAGAUAGACUGGCAGAAAGGCAAGGAUGUAACUGUGAAAACGAUCAAGAAAAAGCAGAAGCACAAAGGUAGAGGAACAGUGAGGACCAUCACCAAGGACAUACCGCAGGAUUCCUUCUUUAAUUUCUUUAACCCUGCCAAAGCAUCUCCAGAUGGAAUGGAUGAGGACCUGGACUUCACUCUUGCCACAGAUUUCGAGAUUGGUCAUUUUUUUAGAGAGCGGAUCAUCCCCAGGGCAGUGCUGUAUUUCACAGGAGAGGCUUUGGAGGAUGACGAAAGUUUUGAAGAGGAGGAUGUUGAAGAAGAUGAAGAGGAGGACCUUGACGAAGAGGGUGAAGAGGAAGAGGAUGGCAAAAUCGACACCACAGCAUGAAUCAUUUACACUUCCAUGCAUUCCUAGAAAAAGGCUCAGCCAGAAGAGUGUAAGCAGCAGUGAGAACAGAGAUAGCCCUGAAGUCCCCUGCUGGACCUGCCAUAUAUUCUCUAAACAAUGCAAUAGACAUCCAAACACCAUGUAGGAAAUGCAUGAUCAUUUAUGGUUACGCCAAACAGAGGUUGCCUCUGUACUCAAAAUAGAGCAUUCAAGAAAUAUAACGCAACAGUUCUGCACUUCACCCUUUUUUCUUUUUCUUUUUUGAUCUAAGGCCUCUUCUGGAAGCUCUUAAGUAUUUGACUGGAAGUUUUGAGCAAAGAGGUUAUUGUAUUUGUUUUCAGUAUAUUUAUCCUUUUUUAGUUCUUUGUCACUGUUCCAUAGUUGCAUUUUAGUAACAUUGCAGCAUCCUGAAUAUAUCCCUGAUUGUUUUCACACUGUAGGUAACUCACUCAGGGUUUUUUUUUUUUUUUUUCAUUAUUAUUAUUUUUUUAAAUAAUACACCAGUAUAGUAGUUCCUGUCGAGCAUUAAACUGCUGUUGGGUAACUUGAUAGUAAAACAUGUCUCUGUUACAGCAGUUAUACUUAAUUCAGUGUUAAUUUUUGGAAGUCCUCAUGUCUAGCCUCAUUGUAGCUGGAUAAAAUGGAGUACUGUAAGUGAAAGUAGCUAGGAGUUCCCCAUCGAGCCUGAGAUCAGUGUCAACAGACCAAAGCAGGCACUUGUGUUGGAGAGCUGCUUUGAUACCAGUGGGUACUAUUAUAAACUAUGUAUAACACGCUGGUGAUCUGUCGAUCUCAGCUCUGUUAACCAGAACAAGCAUUCAUCAUGUGCUGAUUCUUCUACUUGUUGGUCUUGAGUCACCAAGAUAUUUUUUUUUCUUUAGGUAAUACCUGAUUUAGCACUGUUUUUGUAUUUUAUAUUUGCUUUAUGACUAAUGGUUGCCAAUGCAUAGUAUUUGCUCUGAUGGGAUUUUUUUCUUCAUAAUUUGGUUUGAUUAGUAUCUCGGGUGAAAAGGAGCAAUAGGGUGAAUGUUAGCCUCAUGGCUUUUUUUUUGCACAUCAUACCCAUGUUAGACCUCACAAAAAAUAAGAUGUGGAAAAUACAAAGUGCUGAUCACUCACGUUAGACAGCUCUGACGGUAAACAAGAAGCACUUUGUUCUGUAUUUUCAAACUGGUUUCUUUUGUGCUGUGAUCAUUGAAUUCAUGCAUAGAAUCUUUUUUUUUUUUUUUAUUAGCUCUUGCUUAAGAAGGGGCAGGUCUUAAAGCCACUGCCCAAGUAUUAAUCAUAUGCUAGCGAUGGCCUUAUUGGGAUUGUCUUGGGUUUUAAUGCAAUAUUGUUUUCAAUUUGUAUAAAAUAGUCAAGAGUAUUAUAUUAAACAUUGUGUAAUGUGA